UCCUUUUUACCAUUGUAUUUCUGCCGUAAAGGAUGACUCCGAGGUACGAAUUGGCAGUUGGUCUUAACAGGGGCCAUAAAACGACUAAGAUUCGUGUGGCAAAGAAUAAAAAUGAACGGAAAAAGACAGUAUGCGUUUUGCCAGCAAGAUUAAAAGGGAGACAAACCAAACACAGUAAAUUUGUUAGAGAUUUAAUCCGUGAGGUAACUGGACAUGCACCAUAUGAGAAACGUGCUAUGGAAUUGUUGAAAGUUUCCAAGGAUAAGCGUGCCUUAAAAUUCUUGAAGAGGAGGUUGGGCACACACAUCAGAGCUAAGAGGAAGCGUGAAGAACUUGGAAACAUACUUGUCCAGAUGAGAAAAGCAGCUGCACAUCAUUAAAUAACACAUUAAAUUUGUAUAAUAAAUCCAUAAAAAUAUAUAUAUAAAAAA